GUAAUGGCUUUCUCUUCUCUCAAAUCUGCCAUGAACUUUUCAAUUGCCAUCUACUUGACAUCGUGGCUCCUGAUUUCAUUGCAAUUAGCAAGUUGCACUCCGGUAACGACCACGAAUACUGAUUCUACUGGCCAUGGAACGCAUUACCCAGCUAGCAACAAAGUAGUAAAGACACCUACUGAAUGGCUUCAAGGCAAAAAGCCGCCACCAAACCCAAAUACUCCAGGUGUAAAUGCCGUAAUGGAUCAAGUUUAUGCACAACGUCCUCAUUCCCCUCGCCGUGCCAGCGUUGCAGCCCAAAACCGUCCAAUUUAUGAUCUUAGUCGUCAAAAAGCGUAUACCUAUGGUCGCAUGGAUAAUGUGGUAUCAUUUGGUAUUAAACAUGGUAAAUUUAGUGAUAAUAAAAAGCAAGAAAUGGGCGUUACCCGUGGAGUAGUCAAUGAUUUAAAACUGAAGUACCAUGACAGGGCAGAAGCUCUUUUACCUCAUCAUUGA